AGAGGAGCUACGGGAAGCCGCUCGGUCCUGAAAGCUUGUGACUGAUCAGACUCGUUUCCAGACAGCCAAGAUUUCAACACAACGGUCCGCGAAUACCAAUCAUUUACACAAUGAGGAGGUGCAGGUUACAGUGGUGGGGUCUCCUCCUCCUCCUCCUGCUCUCCUGCUGUGUGUCCGUUCUCUCUCAGGUGGAUCCUCUGCAGCAGCAGGAGACGGUGGUGGCGUCCGCAGUAUCGGGUCACGCUCACGGUCGUCUCGACAAAAACAUGAUCCAGGACAAAGACCACAUCAUGGAGCAUUUAGAGGGAGUGAUCGACCAACCGGAGAAAGAGAUGACCCCCCAGGAGCUCCAGCUGCACUACUUCAAGAUGCACGACUACGACGGAAACAACCUGCUGGACGGGCUGGAGCUCGCCACCGCCAUCACACACGUACACAAAGAGGAGCGCGGCGAGGACAGCCAGCCGAUGAAAGAGGAGGAUCUGAUCAGUCUGAUCGACGACGUUCUGAAGGACGACGACAAAAACAACGACGGCUACAUCGACUACGCAGAGUUCGCCAAGUCUCUGGAGUGAACGAGUCGCCCGAGUGCUUUCUCAUCUCUUACGACGACGACAAGGAACCUGCAGGAAGAGAAGUGGGACCGCAAAAAACAUCGUAUAAUCUUUGCGUCCUCCCUCGAAGGCGAUCGGAGUGAUCAGUGGUGAUUUCAGUUAGAGGCGGAUCAUUAUUCAAUAAUUCAGUAAUUUACGAGGAGAAAGGAGAAGGACAGUGACAUCACUUCACCGUCUGUUUCUGCAGCGUCCUUGAACUCAUUCUUAAAGGGCCAGUUCACCCAAACAUCACUUAAAAACUCUUUUUCAUUUUGUUUGGUGAAAUACAGAAACACUAAACCGCCUGCGUCCUUUCUGCAAACCAAACUGAGAAUCUGAUUGUUUUUUUUUCUGUGAUUUUUAGGUGAAUCGUCUCUUUACACAUGCAGGACACUUCCUCGCCUGUGUUCUGUGCCUUCAGUAGCAUCGUUACAGAAAGUCACAGACACAUUUACACGAACACACUGCCGCCGCCGCUGCUGCCGUGUGGACCAAACGAUUCCUCCUGUGAGAUCUUCUCAAACAGAAGAUGAGAGACGAAUCAGACGUUUCUCAUUGCAAAGUGAAGUGGCCUUGACUCCCUCGCAGUGUGAACGAGCGCGUUUUAGAGGGGAGGAAACCCUGCAGGGGGGGAGGAGGUGAAGCUCAAGCUUCAACGCAGAACAGCACUGAAGGCUUCACACCUUUUUCUAGUGUGUGUGUCUCCUCUUCUCCUCCUGCUUCUGACCCCAAAAAACAACCAUAAAAACCCACCGUGCAGGAUGCUUCAGUUCCUUAAAUGCGUCUCGAGGAGAAGAGGUCGAAGUCGCUGCAGCACCUCUGACUUAUUAAAGAGGUUGAGCUGCUAAAGUUGAUGUUAAAUACUCCCAGAAAAGAUUCCAAUAAUUACUGAAAGAUCCUGCCUGGCUGCUUGACUCUUUGCUCCUCCUUUUUCCUCUGCUCGUGUCUGAGGUGUGAGGGAAUGAGUCUGGAGGAAAGGAGGCAAGGAAAGGAGUUUGAAACGAGGCCCUUGUGCAGCUCAGUUGUUGUUUCAGUGAACAUGAUCACGGUCAGACGAGCCCAUCACUUCCUCUUCACGUUCAGGCAGCAGAGAUCGUCCUAACACCCCCUGAUGGAGUGAAUGUACAGCUGCCUGUGAGUCGCUGCAGGCGCUCACAGCACACCGCUUUGUCUCUGCUUCUAAGCUGCCUUCAAACACAUGUGGAUCGAACAUGUCAUCUUUGUGUUGUUGUUCUUCUAGAAUCCGUCUGUGAUUCUUUUAUAGCGUUUGAUUUCAUACGGAUGAAUUCUAUAUUUUUGCCAUCUCGAGUUGAUUCUUCAGUCACUUCAGGUUGUCGAAUGAAAUGUUAAAAAAAAACAGUGAGAACAUAUGACAUGUGACUGUGUUGUCUCUGGAAUGUGAAUAUUAAAGAGCGUAAUCUCAACA